UCCGUUUUAUUUCCGUGAAUCAACUUCCUGUGAGAAGUUAGAUGGUAACACCCCAAGGAAAAAAGUUUUCAAUAUACAAUUAUUGGGGUGAUUUUCUGAUAGUUAGAAAAUGAUUUUACUGGAAAUCAACAACAGGAUUGUAGAAGAAACGCUGACAUUAAAAUUCCAGAAUGCAGUAGCGGGUAAUAAACCAGAUAAUGUUGAUAUAACAGUUGCAGACUUUGAUGGUGUUUUGUAUCACAUCUCUAAUCCCAAUGAUGAUAAAGGUAAAAUAAGGGUCAGCAUAUCCUUGAAGUUUUACAAAGAUUUACAGGGACAUGGAGCAGAUGAGCUCAUCAAGAAAGUUUACGGAGACUACUUAGCCACCCCAGAGGAGGGUUAUAAUGUGUCAGUGGUGUUUGACCUUGAAAAAGUGCCGAAAGAUUGGGAAGACUGGGUCACAAAGGUCGGCUUACUGAAGCGGAACUGCUUUGCAUCAGUGUUUGAGAAAUACUUCCAGUUUCAAGAAGAGGGAGCCACUGGUAACAAAAGGGCAGUUAUCCAGUACAGGGAUGAUGAAACGAUGUAUGUAGAUGCACAGAAGGACAGAGUGACAGUUAUUUUUAGCACAAUAUUUAGGGAUGAUGACGAUGUUGUUAUAGGAAAAGUUUUUAUGCAGGAGUUUAAGGAGGGUCGUAGGAAGUUCCAGCAGGCACCCCAGGUGCUAUUUUCUCACCGGGAUCCUCCCCAAGAGUUAGCAGGCACUGACGCACGUGUUGGGGAUAACAUAGGUUACAUUACAUUCGUUUUAUUUCCUCGCCACACUAGCAAGGCUGCUCGGGACAACACAAUUAACCUCAUUCAUACACUCCGAGACUACCUGCAUUACCACAUUAAGUGUUCUAAGGCUUAUAUCCAUUCACGUAUGAGAUCCAAAACCUCGGAAUUCUUAAAAGUACUGAACAGAGCACGCCCAGAAGUCAAAAGCAAAGAGAAGAAAACAAUAAGUGGGAAAACAUUCCAACAGCAGUGAUACAGUUAGAGGAAUGAGAGCCGAUGUAGGAUUUUUAAAGACAUUAAUGAGUAUUCUUAUAUCCAAUCAGAACACAGCUAUUGAUAAGAAAAAAUUCCACUUACAUGCAAAUAUUCUGUCUCAGGAGAUCAGCUUUUGAAGGCAAACCGAAAACCUAUCAACUUUUUUACUUUUAUUUGUAAUAUAGGGUACCAAGUAUAGCUAGAGGAUGUCAGUUGUGUACCAUUUUUUUUUUUUUUUUUUUGAAAACUUUAAGAUUAUAAAAAAAUCAUGUUAAAAUAACUGAAAAAAAAUGAGUUAAUAUUAUGGAUGUACAUGUAUGUGACACCUACUGGAUGUACAUGUAUGGUAUAUGACAUGUACACAUUGACUAUGUAAUACAAUCUGUAUUUUCAGUGAAUUGAUAUUAUACAACAUAGGAACUCUCUUGUAUGUGAAGGAAUAAAAAACAGUUGACAACUGGGCUUCCUUGACAAAAGAAAAACCAAUAUGUCCACAUUCUUUAUAUCUUAUUUAACCUAUUUAAGUGAUGUGUGCAUUUUGAGACUGUGAGUUGAUGCAAUCAUAUUGACAUAUUAUAAAUACUGUAAUGAGAGAUAUGUAUAUGAACAAUUUAAGUCAUUAAAAUUGUUAAUAAAUUUUUUUAUAUCAAAAUA